AUGGCCACCAAUGCUGUGUCCACUCCAAGAAUCUUAACAAAACCUAUAAACAAUCCACAAAUAACGGUCACAAAUCCCGAACGCAUAACAACAAAAACAAAGGCAAAGCCAGAACCAAAAUCACCGGACACUUUGGCAGCUUUGGUGGCCAGAAAGAGCUUAACAUCCAUGUCCGACGAGGAGAUUAUACAGGAGAAUCUCAAGGAAAUACUUGAUAAGCAGUCUCGCGAGGAACGCAAAGCUAAUGGCCGUCUGGUAGCCGUCAUCUUAGCCUUUUUGGUUAUCUUUGUGGCCAUCUACCAUGCAUGGAUUCGGAAAACCGCCGCAUUAGCAGGUAUGCUGGUGCCUGCCGGCAUAAUGAUCUCGUACGGAGCUUGGGUGGUUAUCCUGGCAAAGCGUGAUAAACACAAACGUGCUCUCUUUGAGCGUCACAUUGAAGAGGUGGCGCUAAAAAACAAGAAUGAACUGGAGGAGAAGCACUCACGCUUGAAGCAAAAGUCUGAGGACCCACAGCCAAGUGGGAGUGCUGCUACCACAUUGCAGUAUGUGAAUGAACUGAUGCCUGGUCGGGAGCAUCGCAAGAAGCCGCGGCGUCACAGGUCGAGACAACAGCCUGCCGCUGAUGCCUCUGUUGUCACAGUCCAUAGGAGCCAUGGGAAGCGUCCAAGCAUUAGACAAAAGCUUUUUGGUCAAACCAUUGCCCAUGUCAAGCUUAUGGAGCAGCAUCGGGAUAGUGUCGACUCCACAACGACGACGACAACACAAACUGCAGAUGGAGAUGCUUCCGCCCUGGAGCUCAGCGAGAAGCGCAAACGUCUCCAGCGUCUGGACACGCUGCCCAUGCCCCAAGUGGUGCGCAUGAACUCCGCACCGUGACAGAGGCAGUGCCUUCACACACAAGUAGAUAAGGGUAAAUAAAUGUAUUAUAAAAAAUAUAA